AUCAAGACGCGAAUCUGCGCAACAUUCCCGCAGUGCUGAUUGUACAAGGAAGUGUUUUUAAAAAGCGUAUUCUGUGUAGAGGUAUUGACUUUCACAGAAAUUACAUCGGUAAAUGGUGGGGCACAGAAAAACUGGACAAGGCAUCCAGACGAAUGAAGAUGAAGAUCAGCUAAAGCCCUGCACAAUAUGGACGGCAUGAAACCUAACAGCUCCAAUAACACAGUAAACAUGCCCUGCUCAGAGGUAACGCAAACCACCGGUGCGUCCCCUGCAAAGAGGAAACUGGAUACGGUUGCAGAAAGCAAAACCGUUCUAAAAUUUGCAAAGCUUUCUGAAAACGCUACUGUUCCGACAAAGGGAUCCUCAAAAGCUGCGGGUUAUGACCUAUACAGUGCUUAUGACUACUCGAUUGCGCCGAUGGAUAAGAUGAUAGUGAAAACAGACAUUCAGAUCGCCGUUCCCGCCGGGUGCUAUGGAAGAGUAGCUCCAAGGUCCGGAUUAGCUGCUAAGAACUUCAUUGAUGUUGGAGCUGGAGUUGUAGAUGAAGACUACAGAGGCAAUGUGGGAGUUGUGCUCUUCAACUUCAGUAAAGAGACAUUUGAAGUCAAAAAGGGGGACCGCAUCGCUCAGCUGAUCUGUGAGAAAAUCUGCUACCCAGAACUGGAGCAGCACGAGACUCUGGAUGAGACUGAACGCGGUGCUGGUGGUUUUGGGUCCACUGGAAAAAACUGACACCCCUGC